AUCGCAAUGAAAGCAUGGCAGCCUACAGCGUCACAUUUUCCACCGGAAUUGUGUGCUUGUAGCAGCUGUGCUUUACUGACGUGAUUUUAUCGCUCGAUCGACGCCUGCAAGGAUGUCCUCGUUCGCGAAAGCAGCGAAGGCUGGCCAAAGAAUACACAAAGAGCGACAGCAGCCCGAGGCCAGGCGUCACCUGGGUGUACUAGAGAAAAAGAAGGACUACAAGCUCAGAGCAAGGGACUACCAGAAUAAACAGAAACGACUAAAGCGACUACGCCAGCGAGCACUCACUAGAAAUCCGGAUGAAUUUUACUUUCAUAUGGUCAACGCCAAGCUCGAUGGAGGCGAACACCACGACAAAGUGAAAGGUCAAGAGUUCACACCAGCACAGCUCAAGCUUAUGCAGACACAAGAUGUGAACUACGUCACCGCAAAGCGUGUGUCCGAAGCAAAGAAAAUAGAGAGACUUCAAGCAAACCUCCACCUUCUCGAUGAUAGCAGUGGGCGAGUAAAAACUCACACAUUUUUCGUGGACUCCAAGAAAGAAGCUCAGACCUUUGAUUUUGCCAAGAAGCUGGAAACUCACCCGUCUCUGUUGGGCCGAGCCUUCAAUCGACCCAAACUCGAAACUCUUCACAAGGAAUCCAUUGCUGAUAUUCCAGAGGAUGUGAUCAAGGCAACAACACAUGAAAUGAAGAAAAGCUAUCGAGAGUUGACCAAGCGACUGGAGAGGCAGAAAGAGCUCACGGUGGUUGAGCAGAAAAUGGUCUUGAAGAAGAAGCUUCUCGACAAAAAGAACCCACCUGUGAAAAAAGUCAGGGAAGGUACAAAGGACUCUGCACCAGUCUACUUGUGGAAAAAGGAAAGAAAGCGAUGAGAGCCCAGUACCAGGUUGCAUUGUGCAUAGCAUAAUGCACCCACACAAGAAAAGGCAAGGAAAGUGGAUGGCAUGGGCAAAGCCAAAUUCUCACUUUCCUGCGGUUUCACAGCUCUUCAACUGACUGCAGGGUGUGCGUGUGCAGUUAUUUCUACGGUGAAAUAAAAAUAUUUUUGUUUCA